AUGGCUACAACUUCUGUUGACUCUUCUUAUGACGAUAUCAAACGUAAAAGGGAACGAGAAAAUUCAGACAUUAGAAAUAAAGAGCCUGUUGAGAAUCAGUCGGACUCUUCAGAUGUUGAUAAAACCGUGCCAUCAAAAAAAAAACGACAUGACGAUGUUAUCGAAAAUUUGCAAGAAAUUCCUAAAACGCUUAAUGAAACGACUGAACCCAUGAGAACUCUGCAAAAAAAGGUAGAAACGAUGAAAGUUGGUGCCGUUUAUGUAAAUGAACCGGUUGAUUCAUCAUCAGUUGGUGAUAAUAAUAUGAAAAUUGAUAACGAAGACCGAAAGGAACUUAUAGAAGGUCGUUCUUCUGAGGAUGAGGAUAUGAAUUAUGAGGAAAUAAAAGAAAUUAUAGCGAAUUUAUCACCCGACGAAAAUAUACAAGUUUUAGAUGAUUCAAAAUCGUUUACUUCUUCGAAAAAACUUGCAGUAAAUGAGUUGGAUGUGGAUAACGAUGUUUGUAAAGAAGAAAAACCAAUUAGUGCAUCGGAAAAUAAACUUUUAAUAUUGGAUGAUAUUGAAAAACCUAGGGAAGAAAAAAAAGCACAAGACACCGAAGUAAUUGUAAAGGAAUCAAGCAUCCAAACUACUGAAGACAACAUAGACACUGCUAUUGUACAAGAAGCAUCACAAAAAAUUAAAAAUUCAACUGAAAAAUUAGAAAAGACAAGAGAACCGACGGAGGCUGAAGCUAAAGAGGAAGAGUCUAAAAAAGACGAAGAAAAGAUUCAAAAUGAAAGAACACCGAGUCAGAGUAUUAAAGUGUUCGGAUCUAGUACAUCGAGUCAAAGUACCAAAGUGUUUGGAUCUAGUACAUCGAGUCAGAAUACUAAAGUAUUUGGGUCUUCAUAUACUCCGAUCACUAGAAUAUUUGGUAGCGGUGUCGAAUUUUCAGCUCCAUCAUCAAAGCCUUUGGGGUUCUCAAGUUUUGCAACCUUAACUCCUCAGCAAAAUACAUUUGGUUCCGAUUCCAAAUCUCCCCCUAAACAAGGAAUAUUUGGUUCUAAUUCCAAAUACAAUUCACCAAUAGAUACGUUUGGCUCAUCAUCGAAGUCAUCAAAUCAUGGAUUUAAAUCAAUUUUUGGUACAAGUACCGAAGGUGCAAGACCAAUUUUACAAGAACAGGAAGUAAUCACUGGCGAGGAGGAUGAAGUAACUAGAUAUACCAUUAGAGCUAAAUUAUAUUGUAUGGAUAAGUCGCUUCAAUGGAGAGAACGUGGAGUUGGAACAUUGAAACUUAAUUUUCCUAGAGAUAAUAAAAAAUCGCCGCGGAUAGUAAUGCGUACUGAUGGUGUACUAAGAGUUAUUUUGAAUAUCGCGUUAUUUCAUGGAAUGAGUGUAGAACGAGCACAAGAAAGUUUUGUGCGAGUUGUUGCAUUUGAAGGAAAUGAUCAUAUUCCCGUUAAACUUGCAAUCAAGGUUGCAAGUCCCGGUGCAGCCGAUGAAUUAUAUGGCGCAAUCAUGAGCGCUAUACCACAGCCUCAACAACAGUCACAAAUCAGAAUCAAUGCUGUGGCUUCUCGAGCUUGA